CAGGGGAAUAAAUCAGGAAAGGAAGCGCGCGCGCGCACACAACACACACACACACACACACAGUGAGCUGAGAUCUGUUACAAAAGUAGCCCUGAUGGCGGCGGAUCAGAUGAGGCAGAAGCUGCUGCUGGAGUAGCAGAGCCUCUCCCUCUUCCUCCUCUUGAUUCCCCUUCCCCCUCUCCACCUACAGAUCUCUAUCGCUUUCCUCCUCCCAGCCACCCCUAAUGAGCCGCUGCCUGCCUCUGUGAGCUGCCUGUGGCUUCGCUUAGAAGAGGGAGGGAAGAGGGCAUUUUUCUUUUCUUACUGUUUUCCCCAUUCUACAAAAAACUUAAUUUAUCAUCACUAUCAUCAUUAUUAUCAUCAUUUUCUCCGGCACUUUGUGGGCAAGGGGCAUCGAUCUUCGAUCAGGAAGAUGGCUGCUGGCUGGUUGCUCUUCUUUAGCCUGACACUUUUCCAGUCCUUGGUGAUAAACCUCUCCGCAGAAGGGCCCUUCCCUUCUGCCACAACGAUAAAACUGUGGGUGGAUAAGAUGCAAGAAGAUCUAGUAAAGCUGGCAAGAACAGCGAGUGGGGUGGAUGAACUUGCUCAAAUAUAUAUGCGAAACAAAGAUUUAUAUACAGUAGAAGCCAACAAUGCACGGCAGCUGGUGGAAAGUGCAGCCCGGGACAUUGAAAAACUCCUGAGCAACAGAUCUACAGCCCUGAUACGCCUUGCUAAAGCAGCAGAGUUAUUUCAGAAAUCUCACCCAUGGCAGGAUGAAUUUGCGAUUAAUGAUAUUGUCUACUACAAUGCGAAAGAUGACCUAAAUGAUCCUGGGAGAAAUGAGAGUGAAACUGGCAGCCAGAGAAUCAAACCAGUGUUUGAAGAGGAUCCUAUUUUUCGCCGGCUAACAUCCUACCAACAUUCAGCAGUCCACAUACCAACUGAUAUAUAUGAAGGCUCUACAAUAGUACUGAAUGAGCUGAACUGGACCAGAGCCUUAGAUAAAGUCUUCAAAAUGAACAAAGAUGAAGAUUCAACCUUGCUCUGGCAAGUUUUUGGCAGCGCAACAGGCCUCGCCAGGUAUUACCCAGCAUCCCCAUGGGUAGACAAAAAUAGAACUCAGAACAAGAUUGAUCUGUAUGAUGUUCGUAGAAGACCAUGGUACAUCCAAGGAGCUGCAUCUCCCAAAGACAUGCUCAUUCUAGUUGACGCGAGCGGCAGUGUCAGUGGGUUGACACUGAAGUUAAUCCGAACAUCCGUCAUUGAGAUGUUAGAAACCUUGUCUGAUGAUGAUUUUGUAAAUGUAGUUUCAUUCAAUGACAACGCACAAAACGUCAGUUGCUUCAAUCAUCUUGUACAAGCAAACGUAAGAAACAAGAAGAAGCUGAAAGAAGCUGUCUAUAAAAUCAAUGCAAAAGGAAUCACUGAUUACAAAAAAGGCUUUAGUUAUGCCUUUGAACAGCUGCUAAACCACAGUCACAGUAUCUUCAGAGCUAACUGCAACAAGAUUAUAAUGUUGUUUACUGAUGGUGGUGAAGAAAGAGCACAGGAGAUUUUCACGAAAUACAAUAAGGAACGAAAAGUCCGUGUAUUUACAUUUUCAGUUGGUCAACAUAAUUAUGACAAAGGACCCAUACAGUGGAUGGCCUGUCAAAAUAAAGGUUACUAUUAUGAAAUUCCUUCCAUUGGUGCCAUAAGAAUUAAUACACAGGAAUACUUGGAUGUUUUAGGAAGACCAAUGGUUCUAGCUGGAGAACGAGCCAAAAAAGUCCAGUGGACCAAUGUUUACUUGGAUGCACUGGAACUUGGUUUGGUCAUUUCAGGAACGCUGCCUGUCUUCAACUUGACAAAAGACCAAAACAACAAGCAGAACCAGCUGAUACUUGGAGUAAUGGGAGUUGACGUGGCUCUAGAAGAAAUUAAAAAACUGACCCCACGGUUUACACUGUGUCCGAAUGGCUAUUACUUUGCAAUUGACCCCAAUGGUUAUGUACUACUUCAUCCAAAUCUUCAACCAAAGGAAUGGGACAUGGACUGCAAUACUGCUUCUGCCAUGGCAAUCCCUGCAUGCGUGUUGCCUGGGUUUGAUCCUUCUAAAACCAUUCAAUUGCAUAGUCUCAAAUCUCAGGAGCCGGUGACUCUGGAUUUUCUGGAUGCGGAGCUGGAAAAUGAUAUUAAAGUUGAGAUCCGGAAAAAAAUGAUAGAUGCAGAAAGUGGGGAUAGGACCUUUAGAACGCUGGUCAAGUCCCAAGAUGAGCGCUACAUUGACAAAGGAAACAGAACAUAUACGUGGACAGCUGUGAAUGGUACCGAUUACAGUUUGGCCUUGGUAUUGCCAUCCUACAGCUUUUACUAUAUUAAAGCCAACCUUAAUGAAGCACUAAUUCAGGCUAAAUUUACUGAAACACUGAAGCUAGACCGCUUUGAUGAAUUCGGCUACACGUUUUUAGCACCGAGGGACUACUGUAGUUCUGUAAAAAUAACAGAAAACAAUACUGAAUUUCUUCUAAAUUUCAAUGAAUUUAUUGAUCGAAAUACACCCCAAAGUCCUUUAUGUAAUGAUUUGGUCAUGAGAGCUCUGCUGGAUGCAGGAUUCACAAAUGAACUUGUUCAGAAUUACUGGAGUAAGCAGGACCCUGAGGGAAUUACAGCACGAUUUGUAGCUACCGAUGGUGGGAUUACUAGAGUAUAUCCAAAAAGUGCAGGCGAGUAUUGGACAGAAAAUCCUGAAACCUAUGAAGACAGUUUCUACAAACGGAGCUUAGAUAAUGAAAACUAUAUCUUCACAGCUCCAUUCUUCAACAGAAGUAGCGAUGAAGAUGGCAUUAUGGUAAGCAAGGCUGUGAAAAUAACCAUCAAUGGAAAACUUCUGAAGCCUGCAGUUGUUGGAGUAAAAAUCAAUGUAUCCAGCUGGAUGGAAAAUUUCACCAAAUCUUCAUCAAAGAUCAAGAGCCAGUGUGGAACUGAAUUAUGUGGAUGUGAAAAGAACAGCUUGCAUGUUGACUGUGUUAUCCUUGAUGAUGGAGGAUUUCUUUUAAUGUCUAAUCGUGAUGAGUAUAUACAAGAGAUUGGAAAAUUCUUCGGUGAGCUUGACCCAGGCCUUAUGAGAAAUCUCAUUAAUAUGUCAUUGUAUGCCUUUAAUAAGUCUUAUGACUAUCAAUCUGUGUGUGAUCCAGAAGAAGAACCAAAGCAAGGAGCUGGACUCCGCUCUGUAUAUGUGCCUACAAUAGCAGAUAUUUUACACCUAGGGUGGUGGGCCUCUGCAGCUGCUUGGUCUAUCUUGCAACAGCUGUUUUUGGGCCUGACAUUUCCACGUUUUCUUAGUGCAGCUGAAGUGGAGGAUGAAGACUUCAAUGGCAUCCUAUCAAAACAGAGCUGCAUUAAAGUACAAACCCAAUAUUUUUUUGAAAAUGAUGAGAAAUCAUUUAGUGGCAUCCUAGACUGUAUAAACUGUUCUAGACUUUUUCAUGCAGAGAAGAUUUCAAAUACAAAUUUAGUAUUCAUAAUCAGUGACACCAAGCAGAUGUGCUCCCACUGUGAUACAAAGCCACUGAUGCAAGCAGAAAAGCCUGAUGAAGGCCCUAACCCUUGUGAAAUGGUUCAGCAACCCAGAUACAGAAAAGGACCUGAAAACUGCUUUGAUGAUGAUGUUGCUGAUCAGCCUAUAUGCACAACGAGUCGUGCCUCUGCCAUGAUGUCAGCUCCUAUCUUCAUUUUUCUGCAAGUUUUCAUGUGGUGUGGAUGGAGGAUUCAACAGACUGUGGUGGGGUCUCUGGAUUGAGUCCAUCACUAUGGUCUAUGGUAGGAAUCCAGUUUAUCCUGCUCUGGCUGUUAUCUGGCAGCAGACAUUGCCAGUUAUGACCUUAUUCAAACCAAAACCUGCGUAACAAAUCAAGAUCCUGCCAAAAUAUUGACCCCUCACUUCACUUGGAAAAGGGGGUUAGUCUGCUGAAACCGCAGAUAAAUGGCAAUGUGCCCAUUACUUGAUAUCUUCUUUGGGAAGGACUCUGAAGGCACCACCGUGGCUGCAUGUUGGUGUGUCAGAUCUGUUGAUGUGUGUGAAUGCUGCAUCAUCUAGGCCAUUUGAACUGAAUUCUAUAUGUGCUUUAUUGAGGAAUUGCAGUUUUUUGUGCUUUUAAAGACUUAUAUGUAAAAAGGGCUCCCCUUUAAAAGGUUAUUACAGUACAUGGUUUCUAUUGAUUUAAUCUUAGCUCUGAGUUUUUUGCACUCUUUAUUCUUAAAAAUUAUGAAGAUGAGGGGAAAUCCUGUCAUUUCCUUCACUUUCUAUUAAGAAUACUGAUAUUUUAAUGUCAGCUUUCAACAUCAGUUGUGUCCAGAAUGCAAAAUUGAAAACUAUUUAAUCCAGAAUGGUUUCAUUGAAUGAAAAUACUGACUAGCCAGAGAUUCACCCUUAUAAUGCCUUAUGAUGAUCUUUUUUUCUGCCAAAAUUAAUCUAAAUGGGUGAUAAGCUAAGCUCCAGUAAGUUCAUGCAAUGAAUGCAGAAUUUAAAGCAGAUAAAAAUCAAACAACUUGUCUAAAUUGAACGGUUCUUUAUAGUUCCAUACUUCCACAGUAAGGUAGUUUUCAUCCCCAACUCUGUAUCCAUUCCCCAUUGCACAGUCAUUAAUGUCCUCCAUGUCCUGAUUUCUUUUCUUAACAGAGCAGUUACUUACUAACCAAGUCCUCCAAAAUGUUCAGACGCAAAGUUUGUGAAUAAAAAUGUCUUUGUGAAUAUUGAACGUUGGUUUUCAAGGGUAUUUUGCAUGAUGAUGAAGCUGCUGCUUUGCUGUUUCUUUUAGUUUGGUUUUUUGUUUUCUUUUGAUGCUAGUGUAUAGUUUGUGGAAAAGGUAACUGAGUGAUUAUUGUGUGAGAAACCAAAUAUUGCAAUGUGAUGCAACUUAAUCUUAAGUUAUAUAUUGUUAAACAGAUAUCUGAAUAUACUGUGCAAUGUAAAAGCUGAAAGGGGGUACGGUACAUUUAGUUGUCUGUGCAAAUGGGAAGAGGAAGCUUUUAUACAGGAAAAACAAACUUUCACCUAAAGUCAUGUGUACACAUAUUUAAUCUAAAUAAAAUUAAAGUACAGGCAUUUAUUUUUGAGGAGUAGCGCAGUUGUCAUAUCUGAUGGGCCUUUUUUGUUUGUUUCCCACUAAAUUUAGUACCUAUGUUUAUUCUGAACCAGCCAACAUUUCUGUGUUUACGGUAAAAAUAAAAUUAUAUAUAUAUAUAUAUAUAUAUAUAUAUAUAUAUAUAUAUAUAUAUAUAUCUCAAACUGGAAAAGCUGAAUUUCACUGGAAAAGUAGCAAAACCUAAACAAAUGGGGAGCCUUGAAUCUAUAUUAUGUACAGUGAUACUCAAUUGUGAAUAAUAAUAAAAAUCUGUUUUAUACUAACCUGGUGAUGAAUCAGAUCAGUGAAGUAAAUGAUGGUGUUAUAGUAUAGAAUAUUGUAGACACUGGAUAGAAUACUUCCACUUUCCCCUCAUAUUUUUCAGAACAAUCCAGUAUUGCAAGACAGCUAAACCAAUGAAUGUGCAACUUUGCUGAUAUUGUACAAUUCUGCUAAUAGCUGCAAUAUGCAAUUAUUUACUUUGUAUAAUAGAAUACUUUUUUAAAAAAAAAAUGUGGAUAUGUAUGUCUUGGAAAAUGACUCUUGUCUAAUUUUGAGUCCAAACAGUCAUGGGAGUUAUUUGGCAUACGAUGGUGGUGGUUUGGUUUUUUGUUUUUUUUUAAAUUGAAUUUGUCAGUUAGAUUUAAAGUUUAAAAUUCAAGUUCAAGCCCAGCAUUAGAUUAUUUUCUCCUUCAGCCUUACUUCUGCUUCACUGUUAAACUCAGAAAUGGUAGAAGAGAACAGCUUGAGCAAGGCUCUUUAAUUGAUUUUGGUUGUAAGUAAGAAAAUGAUUGUAAGAAAUUGCAAGGAAUUUGGAGGGAAAAUUUAAAUUUCAAAAUGGCAGAAGGAAAAAUAACUGAGCAAGUCCUGCUGCUUUUGCUACUGCAGUUUUAUUGCCUUGAGCCAAACCUAGGUAGAAUCAAGAUGAUCUCCUUAUCCCCUUUAUUAACAACAUAGCACUCUUGAGGUAGAGAAAUGUGUAUUUGUUUGCGUCUUAAUUUCAGUCCUUAGAAAGACUAGUGUCAGGUUAAGUGCUGUGUUUUAUUAUUUCUGCUUGUAGAGCAUACAGAGUGGAACUUGACUAUUAUCUGGAAAGUGUCAGGAGUAAGUUUGCAUUAUGGUUAGGUUUAACUCUGAUUUAACUUGACUGUAGCUGGGAAGGCUAGAGAUAUAACAAGUAGUAUUGGGAAGAGAAAUACCUUCAGUCUUUAUAAUACCUGGUAAGGCCACUUGUCCAUCUAGUUCAGAGUACUCGGUCUAAAAAGAAUGGCUAGGCACAGAUGCUAAAGGAAAAUGAGCCAGCAGGGCAUGAUGGAGACAUUGAUCUUUAAUCCCUACCAAUGUAAUGGUUGAAGACAUCUCUUGUAGUAUCUCUAGCAUCAGAAAAUCCCCUCAAAGAGACCACAAGGGGAAAUUCCUCUAUCUCAUUCAGUUGUAAUUUGUUAGGAUAAAUAUUAUUGAUGAGUCAAAUUGUUACUUGCCAAAGCUGUUGGUAACUUAUUGAAGGAUAUUCUACAAACAAGGGCACACAUGUUGGUGCAUUCAGAGAGAAGUCAGAAAGCUUUCAUCUCACUCUAAAUGGAUUCAUGAUAGGGAUGUGUACGGAACCAGCAGGGGCCGGUUUGACACUGGGGGGGGGUAACUUUAAGGGUGGGAGGAGGUGCACUUACACACACACACACACACACACACACACACACUGCAUUUCCCCCACCUGCACUCGGUUUCCUAAAAGUCAGUCAGGACGGCAACAUACUUCCUUGCCGCCCUGUUGCACCCUUUACUGGAAGUAACGGGACAUACUAGAUGCACUUGUGCGUGUCGGUUGUGCACGCACGAUGCAUGCAAGCGCAUUGAGGACUUCCAGUUACUUCCGGUAAAGGGGGCAGGGAGGUUCUCUGCCGCCCUGAUGGACUUUUAGGAAACUGAGCGCCAGUGGUGGAAAUGUAGGGUAUGUGUGUGACACUCCCCCACCCUUAAAGGCAGACACACACACACCCCCGGUGUCGAACCUUCGAACCCGGCAGUGUUUGAACCUGUUCAAAGGCUCAUAAAAGGGCCUCCAAACAGGUGUGUGCACAUCCCUACUUCAUAAUGGUGUCUGGCAAUAUAGUGUUGUGAUGUCAUUCCAUUGGCUAUGUGAUCCCCAGUUGGCUUGGAUCAUACAGCAAUUUAAAAAUCCCUGCUUUAAAAAUAAAAAGAUGGAGAAGCAGCUGCCAGUUGCAGACAGCCUUCUGGAAAAGGCAAAAUUGGGAUAUUGCUCAGAAAAGGGGAAGGAAUCAGGGGCAUUUCACAAACACCCAUACAAUUUUCACACCCCAAAGACCUAUAUACGAAUAUUUGAGGCAGCCCUCAUGAAUAUAGAUAGGAAGUUGCAAAGCAGCAGGUUACAGAGUGAAUAUAACUACUUGGUAAUCCAACCACAUCUAUCACCUUGCUAAAUAAUGAGACAAGUUUUAACAAAGGUUGCUUCCAUACUAGUUGCCCUCCUUCAUUCAUACACCUUUUGUAGAGAAUCCAGAUUCAAGCCCUAACAUUCCAGUAUUUUCUGUUAUCCUCCUCACAUCUUUUCUCAGACUUGGUGGAUUGUAUUUUUCAGUUUAAUCCAUUCAUAGUAUCAGCUUCUCAGGAGACUGGGACUGAGAAAGUGCAAGUGAAAAUAUUUUCAAGGCUACUCACUGGGCCUUUAAUUAAAAGCUUUCUCUUUUCUGCUUCUGUCUCUAAUUGCUUCCCAUUCAGUACUGCUAGGGAAUUAUUGAUGAAUUGCCUCUUAAUUAAUAAGUUCGUGUCUCAUGGAGGGGGGGUAGUAAUUACUGGUCUCUUUCUUUUUCUUUUUUAUUAAGAAAGAGUGCUAUUUUUUCAGUAAAAAAGAAAAGAAAAUAUAUAUAGGAAACCAGUAAUUAAAACUCUCCCUUCUGAUAUGGGGAGAAGCUUAUAAUUGAAACUGCAGGGAACUUUUGCUAUAUGGGACUUAUUUUUAUGCCAUGGGAUGGGCACUGCUGGAUAAUGUAGCACUAAAUUAACAAGGUGUUUUUCACACAGCAGGCUUUUCCUGCAGGUUUGCUGUGAGGCUUUACUGCGAGUUCGAAGUUGUCCAAAAAACCAAUGCAAAAGUGGAUAUAAAUCCCUCCAGCAAUAUCCCACACUUUAACACACAAUGAAAAACCUGAAUCGUGUGUGAAGUGCUCCCCAAUAACUUGCAGGGACUUUGGGGUAAAUCUGGCCGAUGUGUAAAUCUGGAUGAUCUGGCCAGAACGCACACCCUCUAUUCCAGAGGAGAUGCGAGCUAAAUGCCCUGUGUGAAAAAUGCCCUGCUGUUACUCCCCUGCAACUGGUAUUUAGCAGCAUCUUGCUUCUGAGGCUGGAGGUAGCCUAUAGCCCUCAGAUUAGUAGCCGAUGAUAGACCUGUCAUCCAUGAAAUUAUCUAAACCCCUCUUAAAGCCAUCCAGGCUGGUGGCUAUCACCACAUCCUGUGGCAGAGGAUUCCAUAGAUUAAUGCUGUGUGAAAAAAUACCUUCUUUUCCCAGUCCUAAAUUUCUGGGCCAACAGUUUCAUGGCAUGCCCUCCUUCCAGGAGGAUUUUCAGACAGCAGGCUUCACCGCAAGUUUACUACGAGGCUUUACUGCAAGUUCAAAGUUGCAAAAAAACACCACCACCAAACCCCGAUGCAAAAGUGGAUUUUUUUUUACCCUGGAUAUAAAUUGAGCUACUCUCUUAACAUGCAGUGAAAAACCCGAAUUGUGUGUGAAGUGCUCCCCGAUAACUUGUAGGGAAUUCAGGGUAAAUCUGGCGGAUAUGUGAACACACACCCUCUAUUCCGGAGGAGAUGCAAGCUAAAAGUCCUGUGUGAAAAAUGCCCUGCUGUAUGGAACCAACAAGUUAAUGUGGAAGCAGCCAUUGAUAAGUUACUUUUAGAAACAGGAGUGAUAAAACUAUUUUUACCCUUCCAUCAGAUGAUACCGAGAAUUGGUUUACCAACUGCUUAUAUAUCCCUUGCUGACUCCUCUCUCACUCUCUGAGACAUAUCUGAGGAACUCGAAUCAUAUGGAAGUUCCAGGGGUGGCCCAUGACAUGUUGCUGCCUGAGAGGCAAUAUGAUGCCCCCCAUCUUCAGGCAGGUGUUCCUGUGGUGCAGGGGGGGAGUACUUGCCCUUUUCUGUGCCCCUCCUCACCCCCACCAUCUCACUGCCUCAUGGAUGAGCCAUCCCUGGGGAGUUCCUUAUACUUUUGCACAGAUGCAGAUAUGUGCACAGUUUGGUCAGGAUCUAGUUCUUGAUUUACACCAAGACCUUGUCUAAUUAAAUAUUUCAUCCUGGAGAAUGUAUAUUAUGACUUGGAGGCAAAUCAUUCUUUUAAGUCCACUAAGUCAGGGGUAGGCAGCAUAAGGCCCCAACCCAUAUUUGGCUUUUCCACCUGGCAGCCUGGCACUGCCAUCAUGUGGCAACGUGCCCAAAGGCCUGUCAUUUCAGAAGGGAAAGGAAGGAGAAACUUUCCCAAGGGGAAAGCUUUAUUUGGAUGGUUAAGGACUGUGCACUUUAUAACUCUUGUUUCAGUUUGUACCAGUUUGGACAAUACAGGUUGUUUUACAGUAACAGGAGGUGGCAGUCCAAAUCUUAAAAUUCAACCCCACAGAUUGGCUGGUGAUUUGCAGAGAGCUUUUUUUCUGAUUGUAUGCUAAUAGUAUCCAGUUGUUUAAUGUUUAAACAAUGCACUGUGUAUAUAUAUAGAUAGAUAAAUAUAUAUUGGGGGUAGGGGAAAGAAUUUACCAUGACAUUGCAAAUGUCACUCACCUUAUGAAUCCUGAAGGUAUAGUGCUUAGAAACAACUUAUAUGAAAAGAUGAGCUAUCUUAUUUAACAACACUUGGCUUUAAAAUUCAAUGUUCCUAGUCAUAAUUGGCUUGAGAAGUACACGUUAUAAUACAUUGGGUUUUUUUGGGGUUUUUUAAAGUCAUACAUUUAGCAUAUAUAUCAAACUAUUUUCUAAGCGUUCUAGCUAUACCAAGGGAUAUUGAGAAGCUCUCACUUCUCGACAAUAGCCACGAAGCCCCACUGUAUUAUCUUAAAACCAAUGAUUCAAAUCAUUUUAGUUGGGUUCUUGUUUUGUUAUUUAUUUAUUUAUUUAUUUAUUUGCUUAUUUAAAAAACAGCUGGCAGAUUGAAUGGUUUAGCUCUUUUUUCUCUCUCUCCAUGGGAACAACCAGCAUUACUGCCAAAACGCUGAGUGUGAUCCAUAUUUGUACCAGGUUUUUAACAUGACAUAUAUUUCACAAGUUUGACUGAGGAGAUUUUUAGGUCUUGAACCUUUAAGGACUUGUAUGAUCUCUUAUGAAUUUCUAAUGCUUGAAGCUUUGUUGCUUAAACUUGAUAAGAAAAACAGUGUUGCUGCCAUUUGUAAGUUUUCGUAUACUAUUGCUUUUACUGACUUUAAGCACUGGCCUUACUGGGUUCAAAUAGGCAGUAUCCCUUUUUUAAGUGACCUUUGCUACCCAAGUGUUACUUGCUGUUUUACACUUUUCAGUAUCUUUCAAAGGACAUGGAGAUGUUUUGUUCCCUUCUGCACAGAAACUUUGAAUUCUUAGGUCCUAUUCAAAUGUUACUGCUGUGUUGUGAUUGCUGCUUCCCUGGAGACAACUUCUGUAUGUGGGUCUAUCCCAUAGCAGCAUUGCCCUACCACUGGAGUUGUAAUCAUAAUGUUGGGAGUAACAACAUAAUUGAGCCAACUCUUCUAAUAUGGACUUCAGACAUUAUUACCGAUGCAACAUGGGAAUGGUACUCACAUUGCAAAGGUAACACUUGAACUGAAUCUAGGUCACUUAUAUAGGUGAAUAAUGAAUCAGUUCUGAUGGUCCCUCAACAUCACCCUCAUCUGAUAGUUGCAAAUUAUUAUAAGAUCACUCUCCAGAGGUCCACUAGGUUAUUGGGAAUAUCUCCAGAAAAGAGAAACUUCUCAAUCCCAUUCAAAGUUUGGUCUGUGUUACAGGACUGAGAAUCACGGCAAAUUUCUAGGUUUCUGGUUUCUUUUUCAUACAAUAAUGUUAAUAUUGUUAAUAUUCACUGUAGACUAUUGUAAAAAGGGUUCAAAAAAAGUGUCCAGAGUUUCAGAAGUUGGCUGUAGACUCUUUUCAGCAACUUGUGUCAUCUGUUGCUGUAUCUGUUCUAUAAAACUGAAGCUUGCAUUUUGGAGAAAUAAUUUUGCUGGGGAUAAAGUAAUACUACCUUGUUCAAAUGCUAACUGACUAGCAAUUUAGAUCUGGCAAAACCUAGCCAAUCUUCCUGUGUUUUAGGGGAUGUCUCAGUCAUGCUUUGGGAGAUAUUACUGAGACAUUCAGUGCAAAAAGAGGGGGAGGGGAAAUGUUCUUUAUUGGCAAAUAGGUCUUUUCUCCCUUUUAUUGUGUUCUCUUGACACUUUUGUGAAUCUGACAUGCCUGAAAUAAGGAAUACAAGCAAAACAUUUUGUAAAAAUUUGUACAAUACUGUUAUAAAAAAGUUUAUAAUCCUAAAAAAUCUUGUGUUUAAUUAUUGUGGAAUAAACAGUAUAUUCAGAAUAAAAGUUUAUCAUUUCAAAUCAA